UCUUAUUAUAUAUAUUUUUCCCAAAUUUGCAAAUCCAAUAAUAUCAGUAUCAUUUCAUGGGUAUCAUCAUCUCCCUCUUCUCCAUCUCUAUUUUCCUUGUUCUCCUCUUCAGAUUCCGCCCAGUACCCCCCGGCGACUUUUCUUCCCCGCCGACGUACCCUCUAAUCGGUUGUCUCAUCUCCUUCUACAUUAACCGCAACCGCCUGUUGGAUUGGUACACCGAGCUCUUGUCGGAAUCCUCCACCGGCACUAUCGUCAUCCGCCGCCUCGGCUGUCGACGCACGGUGGUGACCGUGAACCCAGCUAACGUAGAGUAUAUUUUGACGACCCAUUUCCAUAAUUUCCCCAAAGGCAAGCCUUUCACCGAGAUCUUGAAUGACUUUCUUGGCUGCGGCAUUUUCAACGUGGACGGUGACCAAUGGCGGACACAGCGUAAGCUGGCUAGCCAUGAAUUUAGUGCCAAGUCGCUUCAGGAAUUUGUUGUCGAGACGUUGAAGUCAGAGGUUGAGAUGCGGUUGUUGCCCGCCCUCGAGGCGUCGGCCCACAACGCUAAAGUCGUGGACUUACAGGAUUUACUAAGAGGGUUUGCAUUCCGAGUAAUUUGUAAGAUAGUUUUGGGGAGUGAAGAUGAGACGAUCUUUGCGCUUCAAAAGAGCUUUGAGGUGGCGUCGGAGGUGAGCGCCAGGCGAGCAAUGGAGCCAAUUUACGUGACAUGGAAAAUGAAGAGAUGGCUUGGGGUUGGAUCAGAACGGCGGUUGAAGAAGGAAGUAGCGGAGGUUCAUCGGAAAGUGAUGAACAUAAUUGACAAAAGAAGAAAGGAGGAGAAGAUCCAGGAUAUCCAUGACAGUACCCAAGAUCUCUUGUCCAGGUUGAUUAAAACCGAGCAUGACGAUGAGGAGAUCAGAGACAUGGUCAUAAGCUUCAUCAUGGCAGGUCGAGACACAACUUCCGCUGCAAUGACGUGGUUGUUUUGGCUACUCUGCAUUCAUCCCAACAUAGAAAAUCAAUUAAUAGAAGAGAUAGACUUGACGUCAGUAAAAUUGGACUACCAAUCUCUGAAGGAGCUCAAAUAUCUCAAAGCAUGCCUCUGUGAAACCAUGAGAAUGUAUCCACCAGUCCCAUGGGAUUCAAAGCAUGCCAUUGCCGAUGACUACUUGCCAGACGGUACUCUCGUCCGAUCAGGAGAUAGAGUGACAUAUUUCCCAUACGGUAUGGGUAGAAUGGUGGCUUUGUGGGGGAAGGACCAAUUCGAGUUCAAGCCAAGCCGAUGGGUUGUCGAACAAGACGGGCGUGGGGGGCGGAGAACAGGGGUGAAAUUGGUGAGUCCGUACAAGUUUCCCAUAUUUCAAGCUGGGCCAAGGGUGUGUUUGGGGAAGGAGAUGGCCUUCCUUCAGAUGAAGUACGUGGUGGCUUCUAUUCUUAGCCAAUUUAGAAUCAAACCUGUUGCCGGCGAUCACCCUGUGUUUGUGCCGCUGUUGACGGCACACAUGGCCGGCGGCUUCAAGGUUUUCAUUCAAAGGAGAGAGAAAGAGAGAGAGACAAUUCAAAACAAACAAACAAAAUCCCCAAUAUAAAACACAGUAAAGUAGAAGAGGCAAGUCAACAAUUCCAACACUGAACUGACAGAACACAGCUAGGAAAAUUUACAUUCCACGUGUCAACACUUGAUUGCUUAAAUUCAGAAACCAAGAAUACAAGAUAGAAUCAGAAAAUCUAAUUUCACUA